AACCGACAUAUAGAGACGUGGCAGAUAAGGAAAUAACUAGAGUGCGUUAGGACUUUUCGAUCCAAAGGACUCACAGCUGGUCUUGUGAGUUGGUGUUGACUUGGACAACAAAAAAAAACCUCAUCAGUUGGACGAAAGCGUUUUCGAGGAGCAGGAAACUAAUGGCGGAGUCACUUUUAUCAUUUGGAGUAGAAAAGCUGUGGGACCUCCUAGUCAGAGAAUCUGACCGACUUCAAGGGGUUGAUGAGCAGAUCAAUGGACUAAAGAGUGAUUUGAAUAUGUUGAAAUGCUUUUUGGAAGAUGCAGAUGCCAAGAAACAUACAAGUGCAAUGGUGAGAAACACUGUGAAAGAGAUCAAAGAAAUUGUUUACGACGCAGAAGAUAUAAUCGAAAUCUUUCUUCUAGAGGAAGGACUCGGAAAAACAAGUAGCAUCAGGAAGAGUGUGAGAAGAUUUCCUCGCGUCGUGGUGAAACGCAUGGGGCUUGCUCUCGAUAUGAAAGCCAUAAGCAAUAGAAUAUCUAAGGCGAUCCGCGAUAUGCAGAGUCUUGGCGUGCAACAAGUCAUUGUCAGUGAAACGUAUGCACAGGAGAGACAAAAGGAAAUGCGACAAACUUUUUCAAGUGAUACUGAAGACCAUCUUGUGGGUUUGGAGGAGAAUGUUGAGCAAUUAGUUUGCUAUUUGACGGAGGAAAAUAGUAGCAGCCAAGUGGUUUCUAUAACCGGGAUGGGCGGUAUUGGUAAAACUACCCUAGCAAGACAAGUUUUUAAUCACGAGAUAGUAAAAAGCCAUUUUCCAGGACUCGCAUGGGUAUCUAUCUCACAACAGUUUACAAGGAAGUAUGUGUGGCAGACGAUCUUGCGGAAACUUAGGCGAGAGUAUAAGGUGUUAGAGAUGACAGAAGAUGAACUCCAAGAAGAACUUGUUCGGCUGUUGGGAAUACAAAAGACUUUGAUUGUCCUUGAUGAUAUAUGGAGAGAAGGAGACUGGGACAUAAUCAAACCAAUAUUUCCACGACACAAAGGUUGGAAGAUACUACUUACUUCCCGCAACGAAGGUGUGGCAUUACGAGCAGAUCCAAAAUGUUUCACUUUUAAACCAAAUUGUCUAACUCUUGAUGAAUGUUGGUAUAUUUUUCGGAGGAUAGCAUUUCCUAGGAACGACACGACCCAACUUAAUGUUGAUGAAAUGGAAGAGAUGGGUAAGCAGAUGAUCAAACACUGUGGAGGACUACCUUUGGCAGUAAAGCUGUUAGGAGGUUUGCUAGCUUCUCAAUACACAUUGCAUCAGUGGAAAAGGAUAUAUGAGAAUAUAAGAUCUCACAUCAUUGGAGAGACUAGCUACAAUGCCGACAACAGCAAUUUGGUUUAUCAUGUAUUAUCUUUGAGUUUCGAGGAGUUGCCUAGUUGUUUGAAGCAUUGCUUCCUCUACCUGGCUCAUUUUCCAGAAGAUUGUCCAGUAGAUGUUGAGAAACUGGCCUACUACUGGGCCGCGGAAAGAAUGCCAAAACCUGUGUAUUAUGAAAGAACAAGUGUUCGAGAUGUCGUUGAUGGCUACAUAGAAGAGUUGGUUAAAAGAAAUAUGGUUAUCUCCGAAAGAGAUGGUAGGACUUUGAGAUUUGAAAAAUGCCACUUGCAUGACACCAUGAGAGAAGUUUGUCUUCUUAAAGCCAAAGAGGAGAACUUUCUACAAAUUGUUCAUGGCACCACCUCUGAAUCUUCUUCUCAAUCUCGCAGACUCGCUAUACAUCGUCUUGAUAAAACAUUUAACGAAGAGAAGGAGAUAAAUAAUCCAAAACUUAGAUCUCUCUUGGUUAUCUUGAAGGACAUGAGAACAGAUUGGAUCAUUAAAUCAAUUAGCCAGUAUUGAAACCC